GUAAUAAAUACUCCAUUUUCGAAUUUCGCGGUCGUAUAUAAAGAAUCGAUGGGCGUUUUCGCGUUAUUCCAUUGGAAAGAAGCUAGGAGAAACAAUGAAAACGAUCACUUUUGUAGUCCUCGCCUUGGCAGCAGUCAGCCUAUCCCAGGCUGAUGACGACGGCCGGUACCACCCUGAGCUCUACGAUGGUGCAUACAAGAGCCUGGCAUAUAGGAAUGGCAAAUACGGUUCAAUCUACAACGCGUACAACCAGCCUUUGUAUUAUCAGGCGCUCAACCGGGAACUUCUGACGCCAGCGGUCAGCUAUGGUGACAGUGUUGAACAAGCCACAGCGUUCCCGGCAGCAGUGACGUACCGCACACCAGUGGUUCCUGUUGUAUCGACUUACAAGCCAUUCGUGUACUCCACGCCCAAGCCAUUUGUGUACUCCACACCCAAGCCAUUUGUCGCGAGCACCAGAUCCCCUGCAGCUGUCUACCAGAAGUCUGUGUCAGACGCCGCUGCCACUGUCCUCAGGGAAGACAGGACCUUCGACGAGAACAACUACCACUUCGCUUACGAAACUAACAAUGGAAUUGCUGCUGAAGAGUCUGGAAUUGUUGACGCUUCAGUCAACGGAGUCGGUGGUGGAACCAAGGUUAGGGGAUUCUACGAAUACAUAGGCGAUGAUGGUCUUAAAUACAGAGUCGACUACGUCGCCGACGAGAACGGUUUCAGAGCAAGUGGGGCUCAUCUGCCCAAAGCUCUCUAAACCUAAUUAGUCAAAAUCACAAUCGAUGUAAGAUAUUUCGAAACCACAAAUUAAAAAAUGUAAACGAA